ACUCGCAUACUCUUCCCAUGCUUCGCCGAACGAACGCGAAAAACGCUCCGCUCGUUGCGAUUUCGUAGUCGAUUGCGUUGCGUUGCGUUGCGAUCUCUCUCCUCGCCUCGAUCCGAUCCCUCUUCGUCGUCGCUCUCCGAGCUCGGUGUCCGAGGAGCCAUGGCGGAUCAGCUCACGGACGACCAGAUCUCCGAGUUCAAGGAGGCCUUCAGCUUGUUCGACAAGGACGGAGAUGGUUGCAUCACAACAAAGGAGCUGGGGACUGUGAUGCGCUCCUUGGGCCAGAACCCAACUGAGGCAGAGCUUCAGGACAUGAUCAAUGAGGUGGAUGCUGAUGGGAAUGGUACAAUCGAUUUCCCAGAAUUCCUGAACCUGAUGGCGCGCAAGAUGAAGGACACCGAUUCUGAGGAGGAACUGAAGGAGGCCUUCAGGGUGUUCGAUAAGGACCAGAACGGCUUCAUCUCUGCUGCCGAGCUCCGCCACGUCAUGACCAACCUCGGGGAGAAGCUAACUGAUGAGGAGGUUGACGAGAUGAUCCGCGAGGCUGAUGUUGAUGGUGACGGCCAGAUCAACUAUGAGGAGUUCGUCAAGGUCAUGAUGGCCAAGUGGAUUUUGCAUAUGCAGUAUGCUAGUUAUAUGUUCAUCUUCGUUAUAACUAUAAUUUCUGAUGAAUCACUUUUUGCAGUAUUUCUUUCGUCAUGCUGCUGCCCAUUUGAAAUGGUAGUGUGCUUUGUGUACGAAGAAAUAAUAAUAUGCAGAGAAUAUCACAAGGCGGGUAGUUGGAAGGGCAAUGAAUUUGGAAGGUGCUGUGGAGGAAUGGGGAGCAAGGAGAAGAAGAUGAAGACACUCUGCCUUCAUGGCUUCCGAACUAGUGGGAGCUUCUUGCAAAAGCAAAUCAGCAAGUGGGAUCCAUCCAUCUUCCAAGAAUUCGACUUGGUCUUCCCUGAUGGGCUCUUUCCAGCAGGAGGGAAAUCGGAUAUAGAGGACAUAUUCCCCCCGCCCUAUUUUGAGUGGUACCAAUUCAACAAGGAUUUCACGGAAUACACGAAUCUUGAUGAAUGUAUUUCUUACUUGUGCGAUUACAUGACAAAAAAUGGCCCUUUUGAUGGACUGCUUGGUUUCUCACAGGGUGCGACGCUAUCGGCACUUUUGGCCGGCUAUCAAGCACAGGGCAAGGUACUGAGUGACCACCCACCAAUAAAAUUUGUGAUCUCAAUCUCUGGGUCCAAAUUUAGAGACCCAAAUAUUUGUGAUGUUGCAUACAAGGAACCCAUCAAGGUUAAGUCCGCGCAUCUGAUCGGGGACAAAGAUUGGCUCAAAAUUCCCUCUGAGGAGCUCGCAACUGCAUUUGACAACCCUCUGAUUCUAAGACACCCACAGGGCCACACUGUCCCCAGGCUAGAUGAGGCAGCAGUGAGGCAUCUUUGUGAGUGGACUACAAGCGUUCUGGGCGAUACGUUCGCGCAUCGCAGUUGCAAUUUGGAGAACUCGGGAGCAGAGGAGACCAACACCGCGUCGCAUUCAGAUGUCAAUUCGGGGAGUUUGAUUCCUACAUACUUAUCUGACUUACGGCGAGAACUGGUGUUGUUGAGAAUGGAGAAGCUUAUAAGAAGUGGGAACUUGGAGGGGGGGGCAAAAAUAAAAUAAGAGGAAAUAAAAGGAAACUGGUGUUAGUUGAGAAUGGAGAAAGCUAAUAAGAAGUGAGAACUUGGAGGGAGCAAAGAAAAUAAAAUAAAAUAACAAAGGAGGGGGCAGUACCUCAUACGCCUUAGUUGACUUUCCCUACUAUUUAAGCGUACUUAACUGGGGGAGCAACGCUUUGAAUUGGCUUAUCAGUGUACUCAGAUGAUUACCUAGACUCUCAAAGUAACAUAUCAUAAUAUAUUAUAUAUAUAUAUUUUUUUGCCUUUCUCACUUCGUUUGAUA